AUAACUCAGGAAAAAUAUUAUAAGGUUAGUAAGGUAGCAUAAUCCUUGGAGUUGCUAGCUUACUUUCCUAAUAAUCCUCAACACCAAGUUAAUUAAUCUCUACAUAAUCCUCCAUUAAUCCUUACAAUCUCUCAACUAAAAAUGGCGCCUCAGGUGCCGGUGGACGUGUUUUCCGGCAACGGAAAGGUCUGUACAAAGUACUCGAAAAGGGCAUACGUGACAUUUUUAGCUGGAAAUGGUGAUUAUGUGAAAGGUGUGGUUGGAUUGGCUAAGGGUUUAAGAAAGGCUAAAAGUGCAUAUCCUCUUGUUGUUGCAAUCUUAGGCGAUGUUCCUGAAGCACACCGUCAAAUAUUGAGGUCUCAAGGGUGUAUAGUUCAUGAGAUUGAGCCUAUUUAUCCACCUAAAAAUCAAGUUCAAUUUGCCAUGCCUUAUUAUGUCAUCAACUAUUCCAAGCUCCGGAUUUGGAAUUUUUUGGAGUACAGCAAGAUGAUAUAUUUGGAUGCUGAUAUUCAAGUGUUUGAAAAUAUAGAUCACCUCUUCGACAUGCCCGAUGGCUACUUAUAUGCGAGCAUGGACUGCUUCUGUGAGAAAACAUGGAGCCAUUCUCCUCAGUACCAAAUUGGCUACUGUCAACAGUGCCCACGUAGGGUUCCAUGGCCGGCAGAAAUGGGAUCUCCUCCUCCUUUGUACUUUAACGCCGGAAUGUUUGUUUUCGAGCCUAGCCGAUUGACUUAUGAGGACCUUCUUCACACUCUUGAGCUCACAGCACCAACACCCUUUGCUGAACAAGAUUUCUUGAACAUGUUCUUCGAGAAGACAUACAAGCCAAUUCCUCUGGUUUACAAUCUGGUUUUAGCCAUGUUAUGGCAACACCCCGAGAACGUAGAUGUCGAAAAGGUUAAGGCUGCCCAUUACUGUGCUGCUGGGUCAAAACCAUGGAGGUACACAGGCAAAGAAGCCAACAUGGACAGAGAGGAUAUCAAGAUGCUAGUUGCAAAAUGGUGGGAUAUAUAUAACGACGAGUCGCUUGAUUUUAAGCCUGAAAUUUCAGUUCAGGGAGAAGAAGAAACUCUCUCGCCGAGAACAUCAAUUAUGGCUUCCAUGCCUGAGCCUGCUAUUUCUUACAUUCCUGCACCUACUGCUGCUUAAACAUAAUUAUACUGCCAUAAGAGUAUAUAAUUUUAAAAAAAAAAAUUGGUGUCAUCCUAUAUCUUUUUUUCUAUUUAAUGCUUAUAUAUUAUAUACUUUUUUUCAGUUGACUACUCGUUCGACUUUUGAUACACAAAAUAUGUAUAGUUUUUGGACAAAAGGAUGUAUAACUUUUGCUUGAAUUAUAUUAAUAUAAUCAUUGGGGGUAGUA